CCCCUUUUCCAGGAGUGGUACCGGUCCAGACGCUACCAAAUCCUGGGAGGGGGAUCCGAUGAGCAGAACCCCUUCAUUAAGGCGGAUAAAGAGGAGCGAGAGAAACAUGGCAACUCCCCACAGCUAUCCACGGCGCGUUCUCCCGUAGAGCUGGUUGUCUUCAUGCUUUGGCCAUGUCGGUGCUUUCUCAUCCCUACUGUGCCACCUUACCUUUGGUUGGUGAUCUCCAAGACCGGAAUGUCACCUUUGUGGUCAAUAUGUUGGAAGGCAUGUCCUCCAAGCAGGAUUUUCUGAAGGAGCAUCUCAUAAAGACUCUCUUCUUGAUGGCCAACAGGCCAACAGAGUCCACAUUCAACAUCAUAAGCUUUGCCAGCAAGGUGAUAAAAUGGUGCAAUAGUUUGGUCAAAUGUUCGCUCAGUAACAUCAUUGAAGCAACCGCCUGGAUUAGAGCUCUGCAGUGUGGGAAUGGUGCAGAUGCUGUGAGUGCUUUGGCUAUGGCAUUUGAAGAUCCCACCUGCCAGGUGGUAUACUUGGUCACUGAUGCACUCUCUGAGAGUGCUUCAGAGGAAAUCUGUAGCCUUCUCGCAGAGACUGGAGAGGAACGCCCAGUGCACACUGUGUACUUGGUAGAAAAGCCAGGUGACUAUGAAAGCAGCACACAAAAAGAAAUGGAGAAAGUAGCCAGACAGUCUGGAGGAUCCUUUCAGGUGAUCACCCCACACCCUCCUGGAGCUUCAGAAGAGGUAAACCCAGGGUGUACCUCAAGCAUCCAUUGUUGCAAUGUUAUCAGUAAAUACCCCUCUUGUUCUCUGCUGAUGAGUCAUCCCAAAGCACACUUUCCUAUAUGUGUCUGUGCAAAUUCCCCUACUAUACCUCUGACAACCUUGACAAAGGAAGAUUUAAUGGACUGGUCCCUAGAGGCUCCCCAUUUGCUGAGGGGGGCCCAAGUCCUGGCUAGAAGAGAGACUGAUGGAUAUUAUUAUCUGGGCCACAUUGCCCAAGAGGUGAAAGGCUCCAGGGAACGUUUUUUAAUUGAGUUUGAGAGAAGUCGGCUGCUGAAAGGCAAAGUACAGUUUCGCAUGCAAGAAACACCCCUCUAUGACAUUAUCCACUAUGAAGAUGCCAGGCGACAGCCACUGGCUCCAGGAGACAGAGUCUUGGCACCAUGGGAGGCUAAAGGUGAACGAUAUGGCCCAGGCACUGUACUAAAGGCUGCAGAGAGCUGUGAAGCACAGUUAGCCAGUGGAAAUAGCAGAGUGCUGGUGAAUUUCUGGAAUGGUCAGACUAAGAAGGUGUCCUCUGACUUAGCUGUACGGAUUCCUCUGCCCCUGAGCGAACGCAUCCUCCUGGAACUUCAGAUGCCAUUAGUAGCCAGGCAAAUGUUGGUGGACUCAAGCUCAGACUAUCCCUACAUUGUGACACCUGGUUACAGAGCUUCAGGGCAUUGCAGACAGGAUCUAGUUUGCUGGCAGGGUUCCACACAGGUUCAGUCAUGUCCUAACUGCAGCUCUGGAUGUUCCUCACUUUGCCAUUGCUGCCUUAGAGCCUGGUUGCCCAUCAGGCCCACAGUGAACAGAGCACAACCAGAAGAUGUCCUGAUCCCAGGAACAAGCCUGACCAAAGAAGAGCUGAGCAGGAAGAUAGAAGAGCAGCUGUCUAAAGGGAGAGUCCCCAUUUCAGAAAGGGUCUCCACAGAGGAAGAUAAAAAGGAAAAGAAGAAGAGACUAAAGAAAGAAAAUGCCCCUAAAGAUUUAGGAUCCUGUGUGAAGAUAGGAAACAAGGUUACAGAGCCCAAGAAGAGCCCUCGGAAGGAGAUGGCUUCAGCAGAUUUGAUGGGAGAUGCUCGUGCCAUGCUUGAUAUUGCUGUCCACCCAAACACCUGCCUAAUGGAGUCAAUGCACAAUGACAAAGAAGACAGCAAACACUGUGGGGCUGAUCCCGAGUCUCUUCUGAAGAAUGAACCUGCUCUUUUUCAGUCCAGCAUGACAGAAGCUCCAGCUCAGCAUCACCCAAGGAACCCUCCCGUGAAAGCACAUGCUUUCGGCACUUCCAGUCUCCAAGCUAUGUUUGACCGAGUGGAUCAAUCACUGAAGAAAGACCGCUUGACCAUUGAAUCAGUUCUGCAUAUACAGAGACCCCACAGCGCUCCGAGUAUACAGAAAUCAGUCACCAAAGGUGCAACUCAAGAGAGCCUGAGAAAGAUGAACUUCAACACAGCCAGGAUUGAGCACAGAAGGCAGCAAGCGGAGCAGAGACAGCAGAAGAGGGAACAACAGCAAGAGGCAGAAGGCCUCAAACGGCAGUUGAUGCGCGACAGCAGGCGACAGCGGUCUCUUCAGAGGACACUGCAAAGCUUGGAGAAGCAACUGGAGUACAAUAACAUGGUCUGCCAGCACAUGGCAAAGCUCCAGACUGGCAGGGCAGAGAGGAGCAGAAAGGAGUCCUCCUUGCAGGAAGAGAAGAAGAGAAAGGAGAGUCAAAGGCUGCAGUUCUUAAAGGCACAGCGCUUGCAGAGAGAGGAGUUGCAGGUAGAAUACAACCAGAGGAACUGUGAUCAAGAUAAAAAGAGGCAGGAUUUGCUGAGGAGCAGAAUGCAAUCCCGGCAGGAGACCCUAGAACGAGAAAUCCAGGAGCAGGACACCCAUCAGAGGAAGCGCGAGGAUGCCAAAUGGAGAGCAUUCCAAAAUCGGGACCAUUUCCAACAGAAGCUGGAAAAGGAGUGCCAAAAACAUCAUCACCUCCAGCAGUACCUCAGAGAGCAGAAUCUUUUGAUGCUCCGGGCCUCGCUGCUGUCAUAAAAAGCCUUUCGCGUAGGCAAGUAGGCCUCUGAGCAUUGUAAAUCUUGUAAGUAUGAGUCAGUGUGCUGGGCCUAGAAAAUGGUGCCACUGAAACAAGCAGAUUUAUUAUUAUUAGAGCUAUCUGAUAGCUCCCCUUCAUCACAGCCAGAGGGCCUUUUCAGGUAUGUGUCACUUAUAUGCCUUUCUUUUUGGGGAGUCUAACCCGUCUAUCCAAUGUGAAGAGACCCAGCUGUCUGGCUUCCUUGUGCCUUAUGUGCUACACGUGUGGUAGUCUAGCAGAUGGAGACAGCCCAGGUCAGGGCUAGGGAUGAUAAUGCACAGCAAACGAGAGAGGAAUUUGAAGUGUGAUUUGCUACCAAAAAAAAACAGCGCAAUGUUGAGUUUCGGACAUAGGCAUCCCAGGGAGCAGGAAGGUGAGAGGCCCUGCCUGUGGGACUCCAAUGAGAGCAUCCCUGCAAUACUGCAUUCAGUUCUGAGCCCCUCAGUGAAAGGAAGAUGGCAAUGAAUUGGAAGGACUGAAGUAUCAUAAUGAUUAGAGUCAAAAUAAAAAUACUGUAUAACUUAGCCAGUGAAGAGGAACAUUAGGCUGUAAACACCAAGGAAGGAGAAUAAUUAUUUAGGCUUCUACAAGAGGUAUGCUUAGGAGUAGGGACAUAAAAAUAAGAAACAUUUGAAUGUCUGGAAAAGCUUCCAGAAAGCACAGUCUGUUAAGCUGUGGAUUACUUUCCCAUAGGAAUUGUGGAAGCCCCAUCCCUGUAGCCAUUUUAAACUAGCCUUUGGGCACAGCCAAAGCAAAUCUAUUGUUGUGAACAAUUCAGCACUGGCAAGGGGGUGAACCAUGUGACUAGGUGUGACACUCUCAGGGCCGGUGCAACCACUAGGCGAAAUAGGCGGUCGCCUAGGGCACCAAGUGGUUGGGGGCGGCCGUGGAGCGGAGGUGAGCUGGGGCAGGGGGGGCGUGGGGAGGGCCGCCUGCAGCAAGUAAUGGGGGGGGUGGUGCACAGGGGAACUGCUCCCCGCCCCAGCUCACCUCUGCUCCGCCUCCUCCCCUGAGCACUGCCCCGCGCUGCUUCUCUCCCUCCCAGGCUUGCGUGCCAAACAGCUGAUUGGGGCCGCAAGCCUGGGAGGUGGGAGAAGCGGCGGCAUGCUUGGGGAGGAGGCGGAGUAGAGGUGAGCCGGGUGGGGAAUUGCUGCACGUGGCUCCCUGGGCUGAGGGAGGGGGCGGCAGGAAGCUGCUACACAGCUCCCUGGGCUGAGGGGAGGGAGGGAGAAAGGGGGCGGCGGGGAGUUGCCGCAGGGGGGACACCUCAGGGCGACGGGGCAGGCGCAAGGUGGAAGUUUCACCUAGGGCGCGAAACAUCCUUGCACUGGCUCUGGACACUCUGUACCUCAAAGUAGCACCCUGGAGCCCCCGUAUUCACUACUGUGAUAUGAUUAGGAUGUGUUUCGUACAAAGUAUGCCUUGUGAGGUAUCAUUUUAAAAGUUUUAAUCUGUUGAACAUUAAUCUCCUGUUGGAUUGUGCGUGCUGUCAUUAUAUGUGAAGUUAUGCAGUAUUGCUAUAUGUUGUGAGGUUGGGCACACACACAAGCAGCCUUUCAGUUACAACAAAGCCAUCAAUAGCCAGGCAGCAAUAAUAGCUCAUCAACACACAAUUCACUAUCCCAGAGACUUCUCAGAGAAGGCACGUACACCAUGGGGGUGGACUAACCCACAUCACAGCAAAGAUCUUUCCGGCAGGCUGGAAGAAAGCAUAAAAGGAGAGGCAGUGACAUCAUCAUCACUUGGCCUUUCUUCCCACCCAACUCAACACCUGGAAGAAUGUCUGGUGGACAAAGACUUUGAACUGGGGAAGGUUGGUCCCAGGUUGGAAGGUAAUCCCAGCCUCUGUACUGAGGAACUGUAAAAUACUUGGACCAUCUGUUAGGGUGAGAAAAGCUGUUUGAUUCAACUCUUGCUUAGACUAAAAGUUUAGGAUUUUGAAUGCAUGUGUGCAUUUUUAUUUUCUCUGACCUUUAUGCCUAUCACCUAUAAUCACUUAAAAUCUAUCUUUCUGUAGUUAAUAAAUCUGUUUUAUAUU